CCAAUUUCAGUAACUGCUUGAGUUCCGUUUGAUAAAUCUGUGUAUUUUGUGGCGGCGUCCGUGAAAUACGUUGUUUAUAGCGUUCAGUCAUGAACGAAAAACUGUAUCAUAGUAUUCUUGUGCUGACCAUAUUAAUAUGUCCAAUCUUCUCACAAAAAGUGAUCAACAGUUCUUUAAUAUUUGUCAUCGAUAGAACUAGUUCGAUGUCAAAAGAUAUAAAAAAUGUGCUUAAAAGUGCAGACGGACUAUUCGACGCUGUUGUUAACUCCAAUCAAUCAGAUGUAGAUAAUUUUAUAAUUGUUACAUUCGGCGACCCAGGUUUCGAAGUACGUAUCAUAACGGACAAGAGAGAUGAAUUCAAAAGUUCGUUACGUAGCCUUCGUGCUAAAGGAGGUGAUGAUUGCCCAGAAAUGGCAAUGUCUGGGAUAGAACUAGGCCUUCAAAGAGGACGUCCUUAUUCAUAUCUGAUUGUGUUUACUGACGCCGCUGCUAAAGAUAUGGAAAAGUUUGAAAGAGUGAGAAAUUUAGCCCUCGAAUUAAAUACAAAGAUAAUUUUUUUAGUAACAAAAUGGAAGUGUCCAAAUCAAGAAAAUGUAGAUUUCUCAGCAUAUGAGAAAUUGGCUCGUGACACCGGAGGAGAAUUUUUCUUUUUGAAUAAAGAUAAUUUACCAGAGAUUAUGAAGUAUGUGAUGAAGUUAGUAGACAGUAGGAAAGUUGAAAUAUUAAAAAAACAAUUCAAUGCGACCGAUGAUAAUAAAGUUGUUAAGGUGUCUUUGGAUCCUUCAAUAGAUAACGUUCUCAUGUCUGUGACUGGCGGUGAAUCAACUGUAGAUGUAAAGGAUAAAGACAAUGCAACUGUUGCCACAGAGGGAAUCGCGACAAUUAAAGAUACAAGGGUAGUGUCAUGGAAUAACACAAAUCCAGGAGAUUACACCGUGGAAAUAAAUAGUACCACUAACACAUUACUGACCAUACAUGGCACAACUAAAGUUUCUUUUAGUUACGGCUUCUCUGUUAUAAGGCCUAGUUAUUUCAACGAAACAACAAAUAGACCAGUUGCAGAUCAAAAAUCUUAUAUCUUGAUAAAAAUUAACAAUGAAGGGGAAAAAAUAAAUCUUCAAAGUUUACUGGUCGUGGAUUUAAAGGACAAUAUACUUUUAGACAAACUCAAAAUUGUUUCUCAAGGAGACUCUUACAUUGCGGAACCAAUUGAUUUGCCAAAAGAUACUUUUAAAAUAGUGAUGGUAGCUGAGGAUGAAAAGACGAAAGACGUAAUAAAACGUGCAUCUUUGCCUAUAGAACCGCAAAAAGUACUACCUGGUACUAUGAAAACCGAGGCGCCAGUAGUUACUAUAUUGGGAGAAACAAAAAUUACGACCUCUACCGGAAAUCCUUUACAAAUAAAAUGUAGAGUAACUGGUAAUCCUAAACCUAAAAUUUCAUGGGAAGAUGCCUUUGGAACAACGCUGACAUCUACGGUGUCGACUGUAAGGGAGGAAUAUGAAUAUUUAAGUAUGUUAAACAUAGAUAAAGUUCAACGAAGUAUUGCAUACAUCUGUAAAGCUAGCAAUAACAUUAGCAGCGAUGAGAAAAGCGUCGAAGUUGAAACGGGUGAUCGUUUUGCUGUAGUACAGAUUUCUAAAGAUCAAAAGAUUGAGUAUCAUAAAGAGGGAAAAUUAUAUUGUAAAGUAAACGCCGACCCACCAGCUAAUGUGUUUUGGUAUCUCAACGGAAAUCCAAUUGAAACAAAUGAUGACUUCGACAUAUCACCAGAUAAAUCCACUUUAACUAUAAAAAAAAUGAAAAAUAACUAUGUCGGAACAGUUCUGUGCGAAGUUCGAAACAGUGCAAAGAGAGUAAUGUAUAAUAUGAAACUGUCAACGAUUGGACCUGAGAGGCCGGAAAUAGAUAAAAACAUAACUGAAAUAUUUGCGAUAGAAGGGUCCAGUGCAAACGUGUCGUGCAGGAUUUUAAAAGGGAAUCCAAAGCCGAUUAUUAAGUGGUCAUUUAAAAGUAAAAAUAAUGUUACGUUUUAUGACAUUAAUGAAAACAAGGAAGAUAUACGUAUUGAAAAUAUUACUAGCAAUGAGGUCGGGACUUACAAAUGUGUUGCGAAAAAUGAUAUCGCUGAGGAUUCUCACAUUUUAGACUUAACUAUUGAAUAUGCUCCUAUCGUCCUGGGACAAAGCAAUGUUGAUAUCAAUCAACAAAUUGGGCAAAAUAUUUUAAUAUCCUGUGAUAUUAAAGGAGAACCAGAACCGAUUAUCAGUUGGUUUUUUAAUGGACUAAUGAUCGUGGAAUCUAAAUAUUACCAUAUAAACAAGGAUAACGCCUUAAUUUUCGACGCUUCUAUUGCUACUAUGGGAGAAUAUUCUUGUACAGGUGUAAAUAAGUUAGGAUCUGUUGAAAAAACUGCAAACGUAAGCGUUUUUGAGCCACUAAAGAUUGACACAGGAGCUAAUAUUCAGAUAAUUAAUAUCGAGGCUGGGAGGCAGUUAAGUCUAUCUUGCCCAAUCAAAGGGUAUCCACCACCAAAGAUACGUUGGUCAUUCCUUUCAAUAAACUUGACCGACCCCCGAAAUCUUAGCAGCAAUGUGCAGCUCGCACAAAUUCCAGAAGUUAAGACAAGCGACAGCGGUUUCUAUACUUGCACUGUGGUUGAUUCCGGUGAUACAAAGGCCUUUAUGUUUUCAGUUAAUGUUAUAGAACCAAUCAAGUCAACAGUAAGGAAAAUUAACGCUGUUGAUGGAGACAAGUUCUUAAGAUUAUCAUGUAAGAGUGCUGCAGAACCAAAGUCGACAAUAUCAUGGUUCAAAAACGAUGCACCUAUAACUAUUGGUAAUGAAUGGCAUAGUUUGGAAUCAGAUGGGAGUUUACUUGUUAAAGGGGUAAAAACAACUACCGCAGGAAUAUACGACUGUGCUACUCGUGAUCGCAGCAAAGUUUUUGAAUCUUAUGAAGUGAACAUUUCAAUGUACCCGGAUGUAAGAAAUCGCGAUUAUAGUAUAGAAUAUUUCAUAGAAAAUGAAAAUGGUACAGUACCAUGCAAAGUAUCGGAAGAGAACAAUGAUUAUGUACGGUGGUACAAGAAAAAAACAGUGGUUAGAUUUGGUAAAAAUAUAAAUUUGGAUCCAUAUAAUAAAAGAAAACAUGAAGGAAAAUAUGUAUGUCGAGCUAAUAAUCUGUUUGUCUCUAAAAAUGAUGGAGUUGAUAUUAAAACGGGAUCUAUACCAAAAUUCCAGUUUGUCAAAGAAACUUUGAUAGAAAAUGUUUUAUUUGACCAGGCCCCAGAUCUGAAUUGUGCAAAUAGUGGACAACCAAAAGCAGAGGUUUUAUGGUGGAAAAAUGAUAUAAGAAUGAAUUAUAACGACAUGACCUAUUUUGUCAAUAAUAAGGUAAGCGACAGAGGCAAAUAUAGAUGUGUUGCUAAAAAUAAAUUUGGAAAUGUUAGUCGACAAUUUACUGUAACAGCUAAUGAUUGCUUGUUAAAUAUAGGAACAGAUUUUGAUAUAUAUCAUCCACUUAUAUUAACUGAGAGUUAUGAACUACCCGAUUUUUAUAUAAAAGACGAACACGUAGCUAUCCCUAUUAAUACAACGGUUCAAUUUUACUGCGAAGGGGGUUUUAAUAGAUUUAUUGAUGAAUCAGUAAGAGCAACAUGCAGAGAAGGUCAAACUUUUGAAAUAAACAGAGAAAUUAUUGAAUAUCGUAAAUUAAAAUGUAAAAAAGCGUUGCAGCCGGUAACGGUACAAACAGUUGAUUGUGUUAGAGGCGAAGGAAAACUUUUUCAAAUCGGUUUAUCUGUUAAAGAUUUUAUAGAGGUGUAUCGAAUAUGUUUUGAUAAGAAGUUUAGAUUUUUAUAUACCGAGCAUAAUAUAAAACCUUGGGCGGCAGAUGUAAGUGCCACAGGUAUGCAAACAGAAAAAUGGUUUCAUAGUGACGUGAUAAAUUACAAUAAUAAUGAAAUGUACGAUUGCAAACGACAGAAGGAUGGUAUAUCUGCAAUCAUUGGUCAAGCAUUACAAGGCAAUGAUGAUGAGUGCUAUGUCGCCAGACAACUUAUAAAUGAAAAAGACGUACCACCUGGCUUCCCGCAAUUAUUUACACAUAGCUACCUUAAUAUUAUCCCACAUUGGAAUUCUGAUGCUACAAGACUUGAUACCUUCACGAGGUCCUAA